UGAAUGGAGGCACGCAGGCUUCAGCACUGCCUCGCUUUGACGUGACAGGACCGUAAUUCACACCAAAACAAAGUCCUCCAAACUGGAUUUGCUAAAACGUUGGAUUAUUUUUUGGGGAAUUUUUUUUUAUUUUCUUAUUUUUUUCUCCCCCAUUCAUCUAACCACCCGGGAUUUUAUCAUCACCACCCGGAAGCUUCUGCAACUGGAUGAUUUUUUUUAAUUUUAAUUAUCAUUUCAAUUGCUGCGGGAGAUUAAAUCUGGUGCUUUGUCAGAAAUUUAAAGAUUUGCCUCGGAAGCUUAAAACAAAAUGUGAAUCCGAGUCCCGUGCGGUGGUGAAGCUGUGGGUCCAAACAGCUGUGUCGUGUCGAGACAUUCGUGGAUUAACCUUUCUUUUCCCUCCCCCCUUUUCUUCCUUGACAAUCUCCAUACAUUUCUCCCUCAAAAAUAGGGGGAAAAAGAGCGCCAAAAUGCGCCUGUUUUUAAAGCAAUCAACCACAUGAGUGGAGGCCACUCUAACAAACAAACAGUGUGCUACAAUUCUCCUUCUUUUCUCCAUAACUGCUGAAAUUAACCUGCUGGGAAAUAUGGAGGGUGAGGUUUUCAGCCCUCUGCUGGAGCACUUCAUGCUGUCGCCUCUGGUCUGCUGGGUGAAGACUGCAGGACAGCCCAAAGUGACAGAUGGCAACAAACUAUCCGAAUAUGUGGAAUUAGUGGAUGGAGUUUACCUCAAUGAGGUCAUGCUGGAGAUAAACCCCAAGGCCACGGUGCAGAGGACCAACAAGAAGGUGAACAAUGACCCCACGCUGCGCAUCCAGAACCUUUCCAUUCUCAUCCGGCAGGUCAAAGCCUACUAUCAGGAGACGCUGCAGCAGCUGGUGAUGAUGCCCCUACCGAAUGUGCUGGUCCUUGGCCGCCACCCUCUCACUGAGCGAGGUCUGGAGGAGAUGAAGAAACUGCUGCUGUUGCUGCUGGGCUGUGCAGUGCAGUGCGAGAAGAAGGAGGACUACAUCGAACGCAUCCAGACUCUGGAUUUCGACACCAAAGCAGUCAUUGCGUCCCACAUCCAAGAGGUGACGCACAACCAGGAGAACGUAGUGGACCUCCAGUGGUUGGAGAGCGGGGAGAUGCCACCUGAUGACCUGGAGAAUCUGUCCAGGAACCUGGCGCUCCAUCUCAAACAUGUGGUGGACGAGCGGGACACACAAUUGGAGAGUAUCGUGGAACUAACCCAGGAGAGAGACUGUGUCCAGCUGUCCCCGCUUGGUCCCGGUCCGGCCCACUCCCCCAACGGAUCCCCCAGCAUGAGGAGGACGGAGAGCCGGCAGCACCUUUCCGUGGAAUUGGCUGAUGCCAAGGCCAAGAGCCGACGUCUGCGGCAGGAAUUGGAGGAAAAGAGCGAGCAGCUCCUUGACACCCGGCAAGAGCUGGAGAACAUGGAGGUGGAGCUCAAGAGGCUUCAGCAGGAGAGCUACCAGCUGCUGUCGGACGCCCGCUCGGCCCGGGCGUACCGCGACGAGCUGGACGCCCUCCGGGAAAAAGCCAUCCGCGUGGACAAACUGGAGAGCGAGCUGAGCCGCUGCAAGGAGAGGCUUCAUGACAUCGAGUUUUACAAGGCCAGAGUGGAGGAGCUGAAGGAGGACAACCAGGUGCUGCUCGAGACCAAAACAAUGCUAGAGGAACAACUGGACACCGGCAGGACUCGAUCUGAUAAACUUCACCUCCUGGAGAAAGAAAAUCUGCAGCUAAAAUCCAAAAUGCAUGACCUGGAGAUGGAGCGAGACUCCGACCGUAAAAGGAUGGAGGAGCUGUUGGAGGAGAAUCUUGUGCUUGAGAUGGCCCAGAAACAGAGCAUGGAUGAGUCCUUGCACCUGGGCUGGGAGCUAGAACAGUUGUCCAAAACACCAGAUUUGACUGAAGCCCCUCAGAAGUCUCUGGGCGAGGAGGUGAACGAGCUGACGUCCAGCCGCCUGCUGAAGCUGGAGAAGGACAACCAGACCCUGCUGAAGACGGUGGAGGAACUAAGGGGAGCUGCCAGUCACGACAACGUCACAAAACUGGGCAAAGUCAGCCAGGAGAACCUGACUCUCAGCCAAAAACUGCAGCAGCUGGAAAGCGAAUUGGCGGCGGAAAGAGAGUCGCUCUGCAGCGCGGAGUCUCUGAGCACUGACCUGAUGAAAGAGAAGGCUUUGCUGGAGAAGACACUGGAAACCCUCAGAGAAAACUCAGAGAGACAGCUCAAAGGUCUGGAACAGGAGAACAAACACCUGAGCAAUACGGUGUCGUCACUGCGUCAGCGCUGCCAGGUGGGCGCCGAGGCUCGGGUUAAGGACGUGGAGAAGGAGAACCGCAUCCUCCACGAGUCCAUCUGCGAGACGACGGGCAAACUCAACAAAAUGGAGUUUGAACGGAAACAACUACGGAAAGAACUUGAAGCCAUGAAGGAGAAAGGCGAGCGAGCGGAGGAGUUGGAGAUUCUGGUGCAGAAACUGGAAAGGGAUAACGAGAGUUUGCAGAAGAAAAUCGCCAGCCUGGGAAUCACCUGUGACAAGGUGUCUUCAUUAGAGAAGGAGAACACCGAGCUGGAGGCAGAGGGCCGCCGCCUCAAGAAAAAGCUGGACACUCUCAAGAACAUGGCCUUUCAGCUGGAGGCGCUGGAGAAGGAGAACUCCCAACUGGAGCAGGAGAACCUGGAGCUGCGACGCUCGGCCGAGAGCUUCCGCUCGGCAGGCGUCAAGGCCGUGCAGCUGGAGGCCGAGAACAGGGAACUGGAGAGUGAAAGGAGCCAGCUGAAGCGCAGCCUGGAGCUCCUCAAAGCAACAUCUAAGAAGACGGAGAGAUUAGAAGUGAGCUACCAGGGCUUGGAUACGGAGAACCAGCGCUUGCAGAAGGCGUUGGAGAACAGCAGCAAGAAGAUCCAGCAGUUGGAGACGGAGCUGCAGGAGGUGGACUCUGAGAACCAAACCCUUCAACGUAGCCUGGAGGAGCUCAAGAUCUCCAGCAAGCGCCUGGAACAAUUAGAGCAGGAGAACAAGACACUGGAGCAAGAGAGCUCCCAGCUGGAGAAGGACAAGAAGCUCCUGGAGAAGGAGAACAAGCGACUGAGACAGCAGGCCGAGUUCCGCGACUCCAAGCUGGACGACAGCAAUCAGCGCAUCUCCAGCUUAGAGAAAGAGAACCGCACCAUGGGCAAGGAGAUGAUCUUCUUCAGAGACUCGUGUACGCGGGUCAAAGACCUGGAGCGGGAGAACAAGGAGCUGCUGAAACAAGCCACCAUUGAUAAGAAGACCUUUAUCACGCUCAGAGAGGAGUUAGUGAGCGAGAAGCUACGCACACAGCAGACCAACAACGACCUGGAAAAACUCACCCACGAGUUGGAGAAGAUUGGUCUGAACAAGGAGAGGCUGCUGCAUGACGAGAACUCGGACGACAGGUUUAAGCUCCUGGAAAGCAAACUGGAGUCGACUCUUAAGUCCUCGUUGGAGAUCAAGGAAGAGAAGAUCGCCGCGCUAGAGGCCAGGCUGCAGGAGUCGUCCAACCUUAAUCAGCAACUUCGACAAGAGCUCAAGACAGUGAAGAAGAACUACGAGGCUCUGCGGCAGAGAGAGGAGGAGGAGAGGAUGGUGCAGAGCUCGCCCCCUAGAGGAGGGGAGGGCCCACAGGCGGUCAGUAAAUGGGAAAAGGAGAGUCGCGAGGCCACCAGGGAGCUGCUGAAGGUUAAGGACAGACUCAUCGAGGUGGAGAGGAACAAUGCCACGCUGCAGGCAGAGAAGGCGGCGCUGCGGAGCCAGCUCAAACAACUGGAGGGGCAGAGCUCCAACCUGCAGGCGCAGAUUGUCGCCGUGCAGAGGCAGACAGCCUCCUUGCAGGAGAACAACACCACUCUGCAGACACAGAACGCCAAGCUGCAGGUGGAAAACUCCACCCUGAGCUCACAGGGCGCCGCCCUCAUGGCCCAGAAUGCUCAGCUGCAGAGCCAGCAGAGCAGCGUGGAAGGCGAGCGCGAGAGCGCAAUAAAAGAGAAGGAGGAGCUCCGGUCCACCUACGAGCUCCUCCUCCGCGACCACGAGAAGCUGGCAGCACUCCACGAUAGACAGGCGACCGAGUAUGAGGCCCUCAUCGGGAAGCAUGGCGGUCUGAAGAGCUCCCACAAGAGUCUGGAGCAGCAGCACCGAGACCUGGAGGACAAGUACAAGCAGCUCCUACAGAGGAAAGGAGAUUUGGAAGAUCUGGAGAAGAAUCUGAAGGAGCAGCAAGAUAAAAUUUCCCUGGAGAACCAGAACCACCGAGCCACAGCCGACCAGUGCAAACUGCUCAAAGAGGAAAACGACAGACUGAACACAACGUACCGACAGCUACUGAAGGACAACGAGAACCUCCAGGUGGAUCACAAAUACAUCAAGAGUCAGCUGAACAGUGCUAAGCUGGAGCAGACCAGGCUGGAGGCCGAGUUCUCCAAGCUGAAGGAGCAGUACCAGCAGCUGGACAUCACCUCCACCAAGCUGACCAACAAGUGUGAGCUGUUGAACCAGCUGAAGGGUAACCUGGAGGAGGAGAAUCGUCACCUGCUGGACCAGAUCCAGACCCUGAUGCUUCAGAACCGCACCCUGCUGGAGCAGACCAUGGAGAGCAAAGACCUGUUCCACGUGGAGCAGAGACAGUACAUCGACAAGCUGAACGAGCUGAGGAGGCAGAAGGAGAAACUGGAGGAGAAGAUCAUGGACCAGUACAAGUUCUAUGACCCCUCGCCUCCACGCAGGCGGGGAAACUGGAUCACUCUGAAGAUGAAGAAGCUAAUCAAGCCCAAAAGCCGGGAGAGGAUGCGCUCCCUCACUUUGACGCCGUCACGUUCCGAAUGCGGCGACGGUUUCCUGUCUUUUCCCUUGGACAGCCAGGACAGCUCGUCCAUCGGCUCCGGUUCCAACUCGCUAGACGACACUCUCACGCAAAAGAGGAGCAGCAGGAGGAAAGGGCAGCGGUGCCUUGCCCAAGGGCAAGGCUCAACCAAUGCUUUAAAAAGGUUGCCUUUCAUGAGGAACAGAUCCAAGGACAAGGACAAGGCCAAGGCCAUCUACCGGCGCUCCAUGUCCAUGAACGACCUGCUGCAGACCAUGGCGGUUGCCAGCUGCCCCGGAGCCGACUGGGCCGGCAGCACCGACAUCCUAGAUGCCGCCGAAACGGGAGAUGUGGGUCGGCGCGGCGGCCAGCGCAUGAAGGAACUCGCCUUUUCCACCAAUGCCAUCGACUGUGCGGCACUCACGCUGCCCUCUGCUGGACACAGGAGGGCCAAGCACAGGCUCCAGGUCAAAGAUAACGCCUCCUGCGAAGAUGUAGCAGCCUCCUCAGAUGACCCAAAGAGUCAAGCCUCCAGACCCUCCAGUUUCCAUAGCAACAGGACCACCAGUAGUAAUAGUAACAAUAACUCCCAGCUCACCUCUCCCCUGGAGGGCAAAGGCACGUUGAACGGCAGCCUGAGUCGUCCUCACAGCGAGAGCAGCGGCGAGUUCAGUCUGAGUUUGGACCAGGAGGCGUGGUCAAGCAGCGGCAGCAGUCCCGUCCAGCAGCCUUCGUCUUCGCGCUCGUCCCACCAGAGCCCCGUGCCCACCCGGUGCUCCUUGGAGCCGCCGAGCAACGCCACGGGAAGCACCGCCCCGCUUCAGAUCAGGAAGACGGCGUCGCCGGGCAGCGAGGUGCUUUCUCUGCAGCAGUUCCUUGAUGAGGGCAUCGACCCCGCAGAGUCGGGCAGCCAGGAGAACCUGACCGUGGACUCUCCUCGCCUCUCCACUUCGUCUGACCGCACCCCCAAAGAGCGCCCCGCCACCAAAGGGCGCGGCAUACUACGCUCCUCCAGCGGGAAAGCGGCGCCGGUCAGCGCCGAUCGCCCGCCCAGGUCCUCGGGGCAACCGGGGCGCCCGACCCUGCGCAAGGCGGAGAGCACCCGCGUGAGGGGCUCGGCCCGGCCCAGCCUGUCCACGCAGGGCAAGGCCACGUCGGUGUCGGAGCGCCUGGACUCGGCCUCGUCCACGCUGCCCCGCGCCAGCAGCGUCAUCUCCACGGCGGAGGGCAGCUCGCGGCGCACCAGCAUCCACGACAUGCUGUCUAAGGACAGCCGCCAGCCCGUGUCCGUCGACGCGUCACCUCCUGCCGGUCCCGCCAAACCCGGGCUCCGUGCCCAUCCCGCACCCAGUGAGUACCACCCAAAGGUACCCUCUAACACCACCAUGCCAAAGUCCACCAGCUUACCCUGCCAUAGCGGGGACGACCCCGACCUCCCGACCCUCGAGUCUUUCCUGGGCCCUUCCUUCACCGCGGAGUCGGUCUUCAUGGACUCAAUCUUUAGCGAGUCUUCGGGCAAAAACCUCCCCUUCCUGUCCCUCAACCCCACCCUGGUCAGCAACAUCAGCGGACCCCCCGCCGCUAACUACACCUCCGGCCAGAACCAGACCACCCAGCAGAGCCAAUCAGACGACCUGCAGAGGUCCGGUCCAGAACCUGUGGACCAUUUGGACUCAGAGGAGAACCAGUCGCUGUGGUUCGAGUACGGGUGUGUGUAAAGGACGGAAGGGGAGGUUCUGGCCUGCUGACAGACGCUCACACAACUCGUGCAUGAAUAUUUCUUUUUUUCCCUCUUAUGGUGUUCUGAUCUGUUCCUCACUAGUUUUGACCGUGACUAUUACCUGCAUCAGGGCUAUUGUUCCAGUCAAUAGCCUGGUCCCACCCAGAAACCAAUGUCAUUUUCCACCUGCACCUUUUUCAAGCUCGCAUUUAAAUGGCUUUUUCUUUGGUUUUGGUGCUUACCGUAUUUCCUUGAAUUGCCGCAGGGCAUAUGGGUCAAACUCGCUUCGCAAAAUAAUUAGCGCAUGCUUAGUAUUACCGCCUGGUCAAACUCGUGACGUCACGAGUGACACUUCCCCUGUCAUCAUUUUCAAAAUGGAGGAGGCUGAUUUCAAUACCGGUAAUUUGAAAUCGCAUAAAGGGAAGAAGAUUAAGAGCUAUUCAUUAGGAUUUAAGGUCCAAGCUUAUUUCACACUGAAAUUUUUACUGCAUGCCUUUGGUAAGUGCCGGAGUGAGAAGAGGUUUUAAAAUAAUUAGCGCGUGCUUACUUUUACCACAUGCCUUUGGUAAGCGCAGGAGUGAGAAGAGGUUUUAAAUUAAUUAGCGCCCCGGCGGCAAUUCAAGGAAAUACGGUGUGUGAUUUCCCCCGGGAAGUGGGCUUCUUCUUCCUCAUAUUUGACCCGGUGACUAAAGUGGCGUUGGCGGAAGUGAAAAGCGAGUUUGCGUGAAGGUCGUAACGAAAGUGAUGCUGGGGACUUGUACAUACGCGCUAACUUAUAACCUCUCAAAGACGAGCACUGCUUCCUGUGCUAACUUGUAGAGUCUUUAUUUAUUCCCUCUAGCUGUUGUUGUUAUUAUUAUUAUUAUUAUGUGUGUGUGUGUGUGUGCGUGCACGUGUAACAACCACAUUGCUUUGUCCCACAGAUGUGGAGGGCAGAAAGUCAAAAAGCAGGAGUGGCGAGCCGCCAAGUUGCUAAGCCCCGCCCACGUCUUCCCUCUGAUGGGGGCGCGUGGUGAGUGAGUGCGGGUGGUUUGGGUGGAUGGUGGGUGCUUGUCUCCAUGGGAACCUCCAACAUGGUGUCAUACCUUACUCCCUGCCCCGAAACUAAAACCACAGACGCCUCCAACAUGGCACUCCAUGUGGCCUUUUUUUUUCUUAGUUUGUUUGCAUGGCUUUUUGUGUGUUGCUAUGACGACACCUGCAGUUCCCGGCCGGCUGCUUCCUGUUUCCUUUCAUUCCCAUCAUCAUCAACUUCCUUUCCUACUUCCUGUCAGUCUCUUAAGUGUGUAUCAGCCCUCACAUUUCAGCACGCAUCCUAUCAAGGGGACAAUACUAUAGAAAUGAUGCACUUUGAAGUACCGUAUUUUCCGCACCAUUGAACACACCGUCAUACGUACAAGCCGCACCCACUAAAUUUUAGAAGAAAAAAAUAUUUUCUAUAUAUAAGUUGUAAAAAUAAGUUAUUUACACACAAACAUAAAUUAUUAAAACCCAAUUGUUUCCAAACAGUGACUGUAGCUAUGUGAGCUAGCUUCAAUCCUCUAAACCAGGAGAUAAAUUUGCUAAGUAUAAAAAUGAGCCGGAAUUUUUGAAUGAAAGAAACUGCUAUGCUAAAUGUGUCCACUAGAUGUCACAAUAGCAAUUCUUUGUAUAUUUGUCGAUGAUGCUAAAUAUGUAAAAAAAAUAAUAAAAAUAAACCACAUGAUGUUAGUGCACCAGUUGAGGAAAGUAAUUUGAUUUUGAUAUUAUAUUUUUAUCUUUAUAGAUUGAAAAUUAACACCAAUGAGUUGACUGAUGUACAUUAUCACAUAAUUUAAUCAGAAAGUAUAAAUAACGGCAAAAAAAGUUAGAAUACUAUUAAACACAACAUGUAAGUGUAAAAAAAAAAAAGCAACAACAUUAUGAUUUGUAAAUUUUCUUGUUCUAUUUUUAAACAAAGAAAACAAUCACAAGUUGUCUUUAUUUUUAAGUUAUCGUGCCGUUAUUUUACCAGUCCGGCCCACUUGGGAGUACGUUUUUCUCCACGUGGCCCCCCAUCUAAAAUGAGUUUGACACCCCUGCUCUAAAGAGAUUCAAAAACUCCAGUGACGUUUUAGUGAAUUUUUGAAACGGAAACAACACAAAAAAAAAUCCAUUUUAAAUUAUCAAUUCUAAAACAGACACUCGUGAAUGUGUUAGCAUAUUAGCUGAUGCUAACGAUGCAAGCUUCACGUGCAAAUAUGCAUGAAAACACUUGGGACGGUGUAGUAAGGAAAAAUUGUUGUAGUUAUAUUGCAAAACUCACAAACGUUGCUCAGAGUGAUGAAUGAAGAACCCAUGCGAGUAGGAACGUUAAGGACGGCUAGGAGACGGAACGGCACUUGUACUUUAGGUUUUAAGCUCGAAACAGAAAGGCACUGCAGCACCUGCAAUAAGAAUAACACACCUUUUCAGUGUCUUUGCUUGUUUUUUGUUUUUUUUUACUGUUUCCAUAAUCCAUAAAUUAAGCCACCGGGUUCAAAGGGUAGGUAAAAUAAUUGCAGCUUAUAGUUCGUAAUUUACUGUACAGCUUGUAUAGCAGCAGGAAUUAAUUGUACACACUUAUUAUUGUGUAUCACAGUGAACACCAGCGUUCCCUCAAUGAAACCUCAUCUCUCUCAAAUCCGGCGGCACUCGUGCACGUUAACACCACCUUACUUGACCGUGGGCAAGACACAAUCAUUUUUCUCCUCACUUUCUAUUUAGACUUUUUUUCACAAGCUAUACACGGACUACUCUUAAAAAUAGAAUAAUAAUUUUAGACUCUUUCACAUGCUAUACAAGCUGUACACGGACUACUCUAAAGAAAAUAAGACUUUUGACUAUUUUUAGUAGUGACCCUUGACAAGAUACGCUGUCAUGAAAAUACUGAGAUGUCCUUUUCUUGCCUACUUGUUUCUGAACUGCUCUCUCCAUCUUCACACUCUUCUUCUAUUUUUCUUCUUCUUGCCUUGCCGGGGAGCUCAGCAAGCGAGGUGGCCUUGGAGUGUCGGAAGCCGAGUAGAGAGCGGCGUCCGCAGGGAGGAGAGAGAAAAAAAAGAUUGUAAAAUCCUGCGUGUUUAUUUCUUCCCGCGCCUGAGUAGAGAACGUUUGCCUCCGUCUCUCUUUGGUUUUUUUUUUCUUCCUUGAAUCAAGGAAACAGACGAAGAUGUACCAGUUAUUUCCCUGUUCCCCUUUUUUUUUUUUUUGUUUGUUUGUUUGUGGCGGACUGCACUGCAACGUGUCCUUCAGCGUGAUGGACUGUGACGAUACACUACACUUUGUGGAAAAAUGAAAGACGAUUUAAGUGCCAAUGUUCAAGUCACAGCCAAAAAGAGGAGAAAAGGGAGAUUGUGUUUGAGCAGCACAAUUGAUUGACGGCAUGGUUCAAGUCUCACAUGCUUCCAACUGGAGAACGACAAUGUGCAUGGAGCAGUCAGUGGACCAAUCAGCACGCUUCGUCUGGAUUCAAAAUGACUGCAUAAGCCAUGACAGUUGUGUGUGUGCGUGUGUACACGUGUGUCUCAUCUUAACUUGCGUAACAAUAGGAUCAAGUAAGUCAGUUCUCUGUCAUCUUACUCUCACACACAUUAAUCAGAAAAGCACACACACACUCUUUCUCUCAGUAAGCCAACUUUCAAAAGUGUCUAGCUGACCUUUGACCUGCAGAGCAUUAUUGUUGCCGUGACGACAAACACAAUGGCGCUGGCGAGUUUUCCUCUUUUUCCACUUUUGCAUAAAUCCAUUUGAUGUCAUUAAAAUUCAUCAAGAGCAA